AUGAACCCUCAUAUUGUCUACCUCCAGAAGUUCAAGAGAGGGGACGAUACGGACUACCUGAAGUUUUUGGCUGAGAUACGGACAGCCGAGCGAGUCAGUGCAGGCAUUCCCCGCUUCUCAACCGAAUCUCUGAAUGUCAUAAACACAACAAGGGACAGGGAUGGAGGAAGGAACGCACCAAGAUUUGCACAUACUGUUGUGUGCCUGAAAUAUUGGUUCAAUGUCGUUGUGCUGCACAACGGCCAAUAA